AGUCUUUUCUCACAUGCACACUUCUCAGAGGCAGGAAAUACUUUCCAGGCAAUGUGGGCCUGGUUGUGGAGGCCCCUUUCGUAAAACAUCAGUCUGAAUUUAGUAGACAGAAGUCACCAGGAACGCCUUGACAGGAUCCUGCUUUAGCUAAGGCUCCCUCCAGCUGCGGAGGGUGUUUUUGUUAGAAUCACAUUCUGCGUGCAACUGCUUAGAAUAGAGCCAUGAUCUCAACCACAAAAUGUGAACUUAGAUUCUGGAGGAACUCUCUCGGAGACGGACUGCUUUGCUAGCCUGAGUGUCGAACAGUGUCACGCCUUGGUGUUGCAGCUUCCCGUCAUCUAGGUGAUGAAAUGACAAAACUAACUCUCUGAUCCAUGGAUUUGAAAUAAUCUUUCAACAAAUUUAAACUUCUCUAACCCCAGAUGGAAUGUAUCUCUCUGUCUGAUGGUGAACUAUGAUGACAUGUCUGUAGCUAUCAGAAAGAGAAGCUGGGAAGAACAUGUGACCCAAUGGAUGGGACAACCCCUUAAUUCGGAUGAUUGCAACACAGCAUGUCAUCAUGGACUAGUAGCUGACAGCUUGCAGGCAAGUAUGGAAAAAGAUGCAGCUCUAAAUGCGGACCUUAAAGAAAAGUGUGUUUCACUGCCGGAUUGCUGUCAUGGUUCAGAGCUGAGAGAUUUUCCUGGGAGGCCAAUGGGUCAGGUUUCAAAGGAGGUGGGUGAAAAUGACAACCAUGAAGACGAUGCGUUCCUCUCUCUGGAGGCCAGCACAGAAACACUAGUUCAUGUUUCUGAUGAGGACACCAUUUCUGAUCUAUCCCUUGUGGACGACAGGAUUUUAAAUACCCAAGGAUGUAAAACAUCAGGCCAGCAUAGCAUUGAAGGAGCAGGCUCCUUGGUAAAGACACUGCCCAUCAUGGAAAGUGACCAAGAUUUUUAUACUUCCUGGAGAAUGGCUGGCAAAGCUGAGUUAGCACUGGAGGAAGAUAAUGGAGAGAAAAAUGUUGUUGAAACUCUAAGUAAAAGCCUGGAGCUUUGUGGUGAUACAAACUUACAUGAAGCACAUGAGGCACCCAACAUAAAUACAUUUGAUUGUUUGAAUGUGAAACAUAUCAUGCCUGAGAAACAGCUUCUUAGUUCUGCUGUUAUUGCUCAGCAGCGAAGAAAACCUGAUCUCCCUAAAGAUGAAUAUGAAAGACACACGUGCAGUGCAGACCAUGAUGAGUCCUUGGCUAUUCCUUGCCCAGACAGAGAGCUACCAUUAUCAAAAGCAGAUUGUAGAAGCUGCUUUCUGCAGCCUCCUUCUUGCUCCAGUGGAAUGUCAACUGAGAAUGUCCUGGGGAAGAGUGAUUUCUCAGAAUAUCAAAACAGAAGACCUCCAGAGGUCAACACGGAAGAUGGCAUGCGGUGUUUACACUUGCAGGAGCCCCUGGCCACCCAAGAACCCACAGAUAGCCAAGUCAGACUUCGCAAGAGAAAGGAAAUAAGAGAAGAUCGAGACAGGGCACGGCUGGACUCCAUGGUGCUGCUAAUAAUGAAACUGGACCAACUUGACCAGGACAUCGAGAACGCCCUCAGCAGCAACUCCUCUCCAUCCAGCACGCCAGCCAGCCUGCGCCGACAUGUCCCUGAUCUGGAACCUGGAUCUGAAAGUGGAGCAGAUAUUAUCUCAGUUCUUCAGACUCAAGAAAAUGUGUCUUCCAACACUGAGUGCUCUGACCUGGCAUCUUCCAUCCAGGUGACCAGUUCUGGAACCAAACCCAAGACUACGGCUAUCCAAGGUAUUUCAGAGAAGGAAAAGGCUGAAAUUGAAGCCAAGGAAGCUUGUGAUUGGCUACGGGCGACUGGUUUCCCCCAGUAUGCACAGCUGUAUGAAGAUCUCCUCUUCCCCAUUGACAUUACCUUGGUGAAAAGAGAACAUGACUUUCUGGACAGAGAUGCUAUUGAAGCCCUGUGCAGGCGACUAAAUACUUUAAACAAGUGUGCGGUGAUGAAGCUAGAAAUUAGUCCUCAUCGUAAGAGAAGUGAGGAUUCUGAUGAAGAUGAGCCUUGUGCAAUAAGUGGCAAGUGGACUUUCCAGAGGGACAGCAAGAGGUGGUCCCGGCUCGAGGAGUUUGAUGUCUUCUCUCCAAAGCAGGACCCCAUCCCCGGGUCUCCAGAUGAUUCCCAGCUGCAGCCGGCGGCGAGCCAGGAGAGCAUGCUGACCGCCCUCAGCGAGCGCCAAGAGGUGUCUUCCGUUCGCAGCCUCAGCAGUACCAGCAGCCUCCUGACCCCUGGGCCCCACAGCGCCGAUGCUGCCACACCUCGGACCAACUCGGUCACCAGCGUCUGCUCCUCAGGCAACUUGAAUGGCAAUGACGACUCCUUCUGCAGCCUGCCCUCGCCCAAGGAACUGUCCAGCUUCAGUUUUGGGUUGAAGGGCCAUGAGAAGAAUGCCAAGUCCAAGACGCGGAGCCUGCUGAAGCGCAUGGAGAGCUUGAAGCUCAAGGGCUCUCACCACAGCAAGCACAAAGCGCCUUCUAAGCUGGGACUCAUCAUCAGUGGGCCCAUCCUGCAGGAGGGCGUGGAUGAGGAGAAGCUGAAACAGCUCAACUGUGUGGAGAUCUCUGCCCUCAAUGGCAACCACAUCAACGUCCCCAUGGUACGAAAGAGGAGCGUCUCCAACUCCACGCAGACCAGCAGCAGCAGCAGCAGCCAGUCAGAGACCAGCAGCGCCGUGAGCACACCCAGCCCCAUCACCAGGACCCGCAGCCUCAGCGCCUGCAACAAGCGCGUCGGCAUGUAUUUAGAGGGCUUCGAUCCUUUCAAUCAGUCCACGUUCAACAACGUCAUGGAGCAGAACUUCAAAAACCGCGAGAGCUACCCAGAGGACACGGUGUUCUAUAUCCCAGAGGACCACAAGCCAGGCACCUUCCCCAAGGCCCUCUCCAAUGGCAGCUUCUCGCCAUCGGGGAGUAACAGCUCUGUAAACUGGAGGACUGGAAGCUUUCACGGCCCCGGCCAUCUCAGCCUGAGGAGGGAAAACAGCAACGACGGCCCUAAGGACCUGAAGAGGCGCAAUUCCUCCAGUUCCAUGAGCAGCCGCCUCAGUAUCUAUGACAACGUGCCAGGCUCCAUCCUCUACUCCAGCUCGGGCGACCUGGCCGACCUGGAGAAUGAGGACAUCUUCCCCGAACUGGACGACAUCCUCUACCAUGUGAAGGGGAUGCAACGGAUCGUGAACCAAUGGUCCGAGAAAUUUUCUGACGAGGGUGACUCAGAUUCCGCCCUGGACUCAGUUUCUCCCUGCCCAUCCUCUCCCAAGCAGAUCCACUUGGACGUGGACAAUGACCGGGCCACACCCAGUGACCUGGACAGCACUGGCAACUCCCUGAAUGAGCCUGAAGACUCCUCCGACAUCCCAGAGAGAAGGGAUUCUGGGGUGGGUGCAUCCCUGACCAGGUGCAAUAGGCACAGACUGAGGUGGCACAGCUUCCAGAGCUCCCAUCGGCCGAGCCUGAACUCAGUGUCGCUGCAGAUCAACUGCCAGUCUGUGGCUCAGAUGAACCUGCUGCAGAAAUACUCGCUCCUAAAGUUAACGGCCCUGUUGGAGAAAUACACACCUUCUAACAAGCACGGCUUCAGCUGGGCUGUGCCCAAGUUCAUGAAAAGGAUCAAGGUGCCAGACUACAAGGACCGGAAUGUGUUCGGGGUCCCUCUGACGGUGAACGUGCAGCGCACAGGACAGCCCCUGCCUCAAAGCAUACAACAGGCCAUGCGUUACCUCCGCAACCAUUGUUUGGACCAGGUGGGGCUCUUUAGGAAAUCCGGUGUCAAGUCCAGGAUCCAAGCGCUGCGCCAGAUGAAUGAAAAUGCCGUAGAUUGCAUCAACUAUGAAGGACAAUCUGCGUAUGACGUGGCAGACAUGUUGAAACAGUAUUUCCGAGAUCUUCCGGAGCCACUCAUGACCAACAAACUCUCAGAAACGUUUUUACAGAUCUACCAGUAUGUGCCCAAGGAGCAGCGCCUCCAGGCCAUCAAGGCCGCCAUCAUGCUGCUGCCGGACGAGAACCGGGAGGUCCUGCAGACCCUGCUGUAUUUCCUGAGUGACGUCACAGCGGCUGUGAAGGAAAACCAGAUGACACCCACUAACCUGGCUGUGUGCCUUGCGCCUUCCCUCUUCCACCUUAACACCCUGAAGAGAGAGAACUCAUCUCCCAGGGUAAUGCAACGAAAACAAACGUUGGGCAAACCAGAUCAGAAGGAUUUGAACGAGAACUUAGCUGCCACUCAAGGCCUGGCCCACAUGAUUGCUGAAUGCAAGAAGCUCUUCCAGGUUCCUGAGGAAAUGAGCCGGUGCCGGAAUUCCUACACGGAACAGGAGCUAAAACCCCUCACCCUGGAAGCCCUGGGACGCCUGGGUAAUGAGGAGUCUGCCGACUACAAGCAUUUCCUGCAGAGCUGCAUGGAUGGCCUCUUCAAGGAGAUCAAGGAGAAGUUCAAAGGCUGGGUCAGCUACCCCACCUCUGAGCAGGCCGAGCUCUCCUAUAAAAAGGUGAGUGAAGGACCACCACUAAGACUCUGGAGAGCAACCAUCGAGGUCCCCGCCACCCCCGAAGACAUCUUAAAGCGUCUGCUGAAGGAGCAGCACCUCUGGGACGUAGACCUGUUGGACUCGAAGGUGAUUGAAAUGCUGGACAGCCAAACAGAAAUUUACCAGUUUGUGCAAAACAGCAUGGCACCCCAUCCUGCGCGGGACUUCGUGGUUUUGAGAACGUGGAGAACCAAUUUACCCAAAGGAGCCUGCGCCCUUUUACUCACUUCUGUGGACCACGACCGGGCGCCCAUGGUGGGCGUGAGGGUUAAUGUGCUCUUAUCCAGAUAUUUGAUGGAACCCUGCGGGCCAGGAAAAUCCAAACUCACCUACAUGUGCAGAGCCGAUCUAAGGGGCCACAUGCCAGAGUGGUACACAAAAUCCUUUGGACACUUGUGUGCAGCUGAAGUUGUGAAAAUCCGAGAUUCCUUCAGUGAUCAGAAUGCCGACAACAAGGACAGCAAAUCCAGGUGAUUGGCAAAGCAAAACAACUGCCUCCACUGGCCAGACGCUGGUUUCGAGAACUUGCCAGUCCUUGGAAGAAUAGCUCUGGUAUCUGAUGAGUUGGAGUGUAGAUGUGGACUCUAGCAAUUUGAUACACUUUCAAAGCUGCUUCCUGUUUGUUUAAGGUCUGUGUUAUAGACCUUGACUGGAAUUUGUAAGACUG